AUUGCAGAUCUACAACUCCAUAAACUGGAUGAAUUGGACUGUUUGAUCCAGGGCCUCCUUUAUGUUGAUUCUGUUGGUUUCAAUGGCCAACCAGAGUGCUAUUAUUUUGAAAAUCCUACAGAUCCUGAACAGUGCCAGAAAAAGCCUUACUGCCUUGAUAAUCCUUAUCCAAUGCUGCUGGUUAACAUAGGCUCAGGGGUCAGCAUCCUAGCUGUGUAUUCUAAGGACAACUAUAAGAGAGUCACAGGAUCCAGCCUUGGAGGAGGAACAUUCCUGGGCCUGUGCUGCCUGCUGACUGGCUGUGAGACAUUUGAAGAAGCGCUAGAAAUGGCUGCGAAAGGAGACAGCACCAACGUGGAUAAACUGGUGAAAGAUAUUUACGGAGGAGACUACGAGCGGUUUGGCCUUCAAGGGUCUGCUGUAGCCUCAAGCUUUGGUCAUAUGAUGAGUAAAGAAAAGAGAGAUUCCAUCAGUAAAGAGGACUUGGCCAGAGCUACUUUGGUCACCAUCACCAACAACAUAGGUUCUAUUGCUCGCAUGUGUGCAUUGAAUGAGAACAUCGACAAGGUGGUAUUUGUUGGCAACUUUCUCAGAAUUAAUAUGGUUUCUAUGAAGGUGCUAGCAUAUGCUAUGGAUUAUUGGUCCAAGGGACAGCUGAAAGCUCUGUUUUUGGAACAUGAGGGUUAUUUUGGAGCUGUUGGGGCUCUUCUAGAAUUGCUUAAGAUGACAGAUGAUCAGUGAUGAAGGUGUCUGAAGAGAUUCCUACUGCAGAUGCUGCUGGAUAAGAGUGAAAGCCACUACGAGGAUGGAAGUGAAGCCAUUAUGGUAGUUCUACCUGCUGGAUUUGUAAAUAAUUUAAAAUCCUUUUAGCUGAUCUUUAACUUCUGGGUUUUAAGCUUAUACUACAGAAUUCAUACUGGGAAUAAUAAGAUUUUUUUUUCUCUACACUGUAUUUUUUAGGGAAAAAAUGUGCAAAGUGGCCAAACAUACAGAUUUUAUGGAUUUAUUUUAAAAAGUGGAUUCUGUUUAACAUAGGGCCUGGGAUGUGAGGCAUCUGCUUUUCUUCUGGGGUUUACUGAUUAGUGUGGUAACUUUAACUUCAUUUGGUAAUCACUCUAGGAGAUUUUUUAAUCUUAUUUUCAUGACGUUUCAUGAUUUGUUCUUGGUUUCAAAUGAAACUACAAAGCUGAUGCAUAUUACUGUGAAAACUAGUCAUUGAUUUGUUGCCUUUCCUUUCCUCAUGAGAUGAGAUACUUUUUUUAAUCUAGCAUUACUCCACCCCCCCAAAAA